UACAAUAUCGCCCAUUGCUAGCUUGUCGUGCUUGUCGCAUGUCCUGUUGCCAUCGUUGCUGACGUUCUCGAGUACCUCAUGGCUUAUUGAAAUUACGAAAACUACCGUUUGUUUAGUUUGUACGCAGUGUAACAAUAUACAGAAAUGGGGAACGACAAAACUGACGAUAAAAUUGCAAAAUUAUCUUGCCUUGGUCUCAGUGAACAGAAAGUAAAAGAGACGAUUAAGAACUCCACACUUUAUGAGACUAUCUUAGCCGCACUCUCUUUUAUUCCCGAGAACCACACAAUUACCGGAAAUGAAGGUCAGCUUAUUUACCAGGUCUGUACAAAAAUUAAGCAACAGUGUAAAAACCAUUUAGAACUUUUAAUUCGUUAUAUCAUUGAGCGAAAACUUGAUACAGGAAUAAGAAUCGAUUCAGCUCUAGACUAUUUUCUAACAACUGGAUCAAACAAAACUGUCAACAUUGAACAACUGGAAAAUGCUUGUGGCAUUGGAAUAGUUGUUACACCAGAGGAAAUUGAUCGUGCAGUAGAGUCUGUUAUCAAAAAAUAUGAAAGCGAUAUACUGGACCAACGAUACCGAUUCAACAUUGGAAAGAUUCUAGCCGAAACUCGUGGAUUAUUGUUAUGGGCUGACGGAAAAGCAAUUAAAAAUGAAGUUGAUGUUCAAAUUUUUGAUUUACUUGGACCUAAAACAGAUGAAGAUUUAGCGCCACCUCCAAAGAUUACUAAAAAAAAGGAGAACAAAACUAAUGUUGCGAAAGAGAAUGUUAAAGAUGCAGUUUCACUUACAACACCAGAAAGUUUUUCAGGAGAUGCUAAAUCAAUUUCUGAUCUAAUGAACUCUGUUCAUUUUCAUGCUCCUGGGGAAAAUCACAAAACGGAUGGAUAUGUUGUGACGGAUCAAACAGACAACUUACUCAAACAACAUCUUAGUCGAACAAAAGGACUCGUUCGAACUCGUUUUCCUCCUGAACCCAAUGGGAUUUUACAUAUUGGUCACGCCAAAGCGAUCAAUAUCAAUUUUGGAUAUGCGAAAGCACACGAUGGAGUUUGCUUUUUGCGUUACGAUGAUACCAAUCCAGAAAAAGAGGAAGAAAAAUUUUUUGUGGGGAUUAAGGACAUGGUUGAAUGGUUAGGAUAUCAACCCUACAAAAUAACACAUUCAUCUGAUUACUUUCAACAGUUGUACGAAUGGGCAGUGGUGCUCAUAAAAAAAGGUUUGGCUUAUGUUUGCCAUCAAACAUCCGAAGCAAUGAAGGGUUUUAAUCCACAGCCUUCAAAAUGGCGCGAUCGUCCGGUUGAAGAAAGUUUACAGCUCUUCAAUGACAUGAAAAAUGGCAAAAUCGAUGAAGGUGCUGCCACUUUGCGCAUGAAAAUAACCCUUGAAGAAGGAAAAAUAGAUCCGGUCGCUUAUCGAAUUAAGUUUAUCCCUCAUCAUAGAACCGGAAGCGAAUGGUGUAUAUAUCCUACUUAUGAUUAUACACAUUGCUUGUGUGACAGUAUCGAAGAUAUAACUCAUUCGUUGUGUACGAAAGAGUUUCAAUCUCGUCGAUCUUCCUAUUACUGGCUGUGCAACGCACUCGACAUUUACUGUCCGGUGCAAUGGGAAUAUGGACGGUUGAAUGUAAAUUAUACUGUUGUAUCUAAAAGAAAAAUUGCCAAACUAAUCGCUGAAGGCAUUGUUGAGGAUUGGGAUGAUCCGAGGCUAUUUACGUUGACUGCCUUACGCCGGCGUGGUUUUCCUUCGGAGGCGAUAAAUAAUUUUUGUGCUCAAAUAGGCGUAACAGGAGCACAGAGCAGUGUCGAUCCAUCCACAAUCGAAGCAAGUGUUCGUGAUGUACUGAACAUAACGGCCCAACGUGCAUUGGUUGUGUUAGAGCCACUCAAAGUCACUCUUGUUCAUUUCCCACACAAUACCCCAUUCAAAAUUACCGUUCCCAAUCAUCCCACUAAUCCAGAGAAGGGCAGCCAUGAUAUUUGGAUAGAUAAAACCCUGUACAUAGAGAAAACAGAUUUUUCAGAAGCAGCUGAUAAAGGUUAUAGACGAUUGACUCCUACGCAACCAGUUGGGUUGCGCUAUGCUGGAUACGUAAUCACUCUGAUAAACACUAUGAAAGAUAGGAACGGAUCUAUUAGUGAACUUCUUUGUGAAUGUAAACCAGUUAACAGUACUGAUAAGCCUAAGGCAUUCAUUCAUUGGGUUUCGCAACCGAAAGAGGUCGAGGUUCGUUUGUAUGAAAAGUUGUUUAUGCAUAAAAACCCAGAAGAUGUAACCGAAGUUCCAGAUGGCUUUAUUAGCGAUUGUAAUUUAGACUCGCUUAAAAUUGUGUCGGCUUACGCGGAUGCGUCAGUUGUGAAGGCAAAAGCGUAUGAUAGAUUUCAAUUCGAAAGAAUCGGUUAUUUUUCAGUGGAUCCUGCCAGUACUGAACAUCAUUUGAUUUUUAAUAGAACAGUUGGACUGAAGGAAGAUGCCGGAAAAAACUAAUUUUUAUUCGAACGUAGUUAACAUUUAGUUUUUCAAUAAAUAAUCACUUCUUCA